AUGACAGAACAAGAGAAAUUACAAGAAGAAAUAAUUAAUAAAAGAAAAGAAAUAAAUAGACUUCGUAAGGAUCCUUCUAAUCCUCCUGGGUGGAUUACACAAGCCGAAAAGGAACUUGAACGAUUAGAAAAUGAGUAUAGGUAUCACUUUGAAGGUGGUGACAAACCCACUGUUGAUCAUCUAGGAAGACCUAUCAAGCAAAGUAAGGAAGAAAAUAAAGAGCAAGAAAAGCAAGCACUAGAAGAAAAAAUAAAACGACUCCAACAACAACUAAACAUGGCUAAAAGAUUGAGAAAGGAAGGACAUCCUACUUAUACUGACUAUGAGAUCCAGAAGUUAGAAGAACCAUUAGCCAAGGCAAAGGAGGAAUAUAAGUCUAAAUUUGGAGAAUUGCCCUCUUCUUUAAGAGAUAAUAAUGAAAUUUGUGUUGAAGCCACCGAUGUAAAUGAAGGACUGGAAUAUUUGCCGAUGAGUUUAGCUGAAAGCACAAAAAGAGCGAGGUUUGGUUUUAAUAGAAUAGGUUAUUCCGAUAUAGAAUGUUCCUCUCAUGGAACAGAUGCCAAAUGCAAAGCAAUUCAAGAUGAACUUCGUCCUUACGACUAUGAUCUAGAAGCUUGGCAGUUAGCCCAUCCCGAAAGAAUGAUAAUUGCUAGACCUGAAUAUUUUACUAAUGCUGACAAUAAAAAGAUUGAUCGUUUAGAACAGAAACAAGAAAACCUUACCGAGGUUUUUACUCCCUCAGUCGUUCCAGCGACUGAGAUUGGAAGAGAGACAAAAAGAAACAAAGAACUAACUAGGGAACAAAAACUUUCUAGGAUCAAUUAUUUAGAAAAAGAACUAAAAGAAAUUAGUAAACAAAGAAAAGAUUUGGAAAGAAACCAAUCUAGGAGUGAGACUUGA